UAUCUCUACAGCAUCUCUUUUUGUACACUAUUUCUCUAUCUCUCUCUCUUAAUCUUUCAAAAGCAAAAAAAUAAAUAAAUCGCCCUCACUAUGGCGGAUGCUAAAUCACCUCAAUAUUGUCAAGAUGUUUCCUGGAUCCCCCUGAGCUGCCGGUGGCCCAGUGUAAUCUUUAACCAACAUUUCGGCAUGCCUCCGUUAUUGGAGCCCCGAGACCUCAGCUGGAUGGAGGACAUCUUUAGGAGGCUGGGAACGUCGUCCUGGCCCGGGUAUGUGCGCUCUGGUUUUCUCGCCCCGCUCCUCCAGGCCUCUGGACCGGCCGUCUUCUCGAAGCCGCACCGGGAGUUGAGUGGAGGAGUGUCGGAAGUGGCCGCUGAGACGUGCAGGUGGAAAAUUAGUUUGGAUGUCAAUCACUUCGCUCCCGCGGAGAUCAGCGUCAAAAUACAACAUGGCUUUUUGGAAAUUGCAGGAAAGCAUGAGGAAAGACAAGACGGGCAUGGCUUCAUUGCUAGAAGUUUCACAAGAAAAUACAAUCUUCCAGGUGGCAUUGAAGUUGAAAACCUCCAGACAAGUCUGUCCGCUGAUGGGAUUCUUACAGUGGAAGCACCCUUUCCCAGCAUCCCCCUUCCUGCUGAUGUCAUCAUCCCUAUCCAGGUGGAGUCAGGAGCGCAAACCAUUGCAGGAAAGCAACAAGACGGUGACAAGCCUCAAGACGACAUUAAACCGGAAUCAUUUGAUGGAAAAACACCUGAAUCCUCAGUCUCGGCUGGGCAUCCAGAUGCUGGAAAGGUCACCGAAAGAGACCAGCAGACUGUAUCUGAUGUAGAUCCUUCCAGAGAAGCACAACCCCAGUCCAUUGCAGAAGCUGCAUCUGGUUUCUCUGUGUCUGGCAGAGAGCAGGUCGGCGAACCCCUGGCUGGCAGAGAGAAGGAUAAAGAAGGCAGAUUUCAAGAGACGGUCGAGGGCAUCCAGCGAGACGGAGAGUCUGCAGACAAGCCUCUGGCUCCAGAGACUCCAGACACCAUCACCUCCGAGCAAGCAGAGGUCAUCCAGCUUGGGGAUCUGGAGGGGGAAGAAGGAUGUACAGGCCCUGCUGUGAUGAGAGAGGAGCAAUCAACCUUCGGGCAAAGCCAGGAGCUAAUCAACCCUCAACUGGUGCUCCAAAAGAAAAUUGAUGCAGGAAAAAUGUAGGUUCCCAGAAAAAAAAAAAA